UUUGCCUCCGUUGCCAACUUUCCGCUCCCAACAAAAGCACAAUGGGCCAAGGUAUUAAGAUAUUGCCUUGUUCCUGAUCUAAGCAUACUACAGGGACACAGGCAAAGCUACCGACAAACUUUCAAGCAAGUUUCUCAGACUGCAGCCAUGAAGAAAGUCACCGGGGGAUACAGUGACUUUCAGAUCAAGGCGAGAGAACUCGACCUGCUCAAAACAGAAGUUCUCAAUCAUCUGGGCAAACUGAACGCCGUAAAACUCCACUACAUGGAUUGGUUUGACCGACGUCGCCAGACUUUUGUGGAUUCUGUCAAGCUCAUGCAAAUAACUCUUCCCCAAAUAGUGCCUCAAGAAACGUCGUCGAUCGGAAAUUUCCGAAAGGCAUAUGACGUAGCAAGGAAACUUCCUAAAAGGGGAUUCCCCGUAGAACGAUGUGCUGAGAUUAUGGGGGAAUAUUUCGAUUUCUGGAACAGACUUUUAGAAUUGCAUCGCGAGGGCAUCGAAGUUUAUAACAAAGUGUGCAAAUAUUGUUCCGGUGUGACAAGAAUGCGGGAACCUCAUAUAAAUGACACUGUCGACGAUCUUCAGAAAAGACUCAAUAUGUCCAUUCAGGAGGAUUUCAAUUUCAUGAGUGUUCACAACGAGCGAGACAAUUUGUUCACGUACAGGGUCGCUCAGCACGACCAUCGCUUCCAUGGUUUGUUAGCCUAUAUUCCGUAUCUGCUGAAGAUGGCCACCACUAUUUGCUUCUGGUGUAAUAAGAUGUUUUUAGAGAAAGAAUGAGGACGGAAGAAUGUUAGCGAUCAUGUAUGUUUAGGGUCAUGGAUGGGGAAUUGGGGGGGGGGGAGGGGAGAUGAGGUGGAAGGAGGGUGGGAUGGGGCAGGAGGAUGAAUAGAAAGAGAGUGUGAGAAAGAGAAAGAAAGACAAAAAAGUAAGGAUGCCAACAAAAAUACUGAUAAGAUGAGAGGCGGUGGAGAGAGAGUGAGUGAGAGAGGAAGAGAGAGGGGGCAGCUAGAGAGAGAGGGGGAG